AUGAGCUCGCCAAAAAACCAACAGCUGGGUCCAUCCGACCCCUUCUCUCACCCAGAUAUCUAUUAUGGGAAGGAUGACUCCAUUGCAAGAAUCCGUGACCGCAGACGUGCUUUCUCGGCGAGCUUGAAGGACUAUAGCAAGGAUAGUAUCCAUGAGUUUCUCGGUACUAUUCCACCUUCGCGACGAGGUAGUCAUGAUGAGUCGUAUGGACAGCCUCGCAAAUUCCUCAUCGAAGUGGACGAUACACUAGAGACACUUCUCAAGCAGGAAGACACUGAUAGUAACAUGCAGAUCACAAUCGAGGAUCUGGGACCGAAGGUGCUUUCGGUCGGAACGGCUGGAUCGUCAGGAUUCAACCGUGUUGAUGUCCGUGGAACUUAUAUGCUCUCCAAUCUUCUCCAGGAACUUACCAUUGCCAAAGACUACGGUCGGAAACACAUUAUACUUGAUGAAGCCCGCCUGAACGAGAACCCGGUGGCGCGACUGUCCCGUUUGAUUAAGAACUCCUUCUGGAAAGCACUCACUCGACGUAUUGAUGGCUCCAAUAUUGAAGUGGCGGGCAAGGACCCCAAGGACUGGACGGAUGACCCGCGACCUAGAAUUUACAUCCCACCGGGCGCUCCUGCACAAUUUGAGUAUUAUACAAGAAUUGCUAAGGAGCGUCCGGAGUUGCGUUUGGAUGUGCAAUUGUUGGACGUAGACAUAACUCCUGAAUAUGUCAUUAAGCUGAACGAAAAGCCAGGAUUGCUGGCUCUGGCUAUGGAAAACUUCACAGACGAGGCAGACGAGAAUGCAGACCUUACCGGCGUUCCAUUUGUGGUGCCGGGGGGUCGAUUCAACGAGCUAUACGGUUGGGAUAGUUACAUGGAGUCCCUGGGACUGCUCGCCAGUGAUCGUGUUGACCUCGCCAAGGGCAUGGUGAUCAACUUCUGUUUCUGCAUUAAGCAUUACGGGAAGAUCCUGAACGCCAAUCGCUCCUAUUACCUCACACGCUCGCAACCCCCUUUCCUUACCGACAUGGCCUUGCGCGUGUUCGAGCGAAUCAAGAAUGAACCCGGUGCGCUAGAGUUCCUCCGCAAUGCGGUUCUUGCUGCCAUCAAAGAGUACCACAGUGUAUGGGUUGCUGAGCCGCGCUACGACCCGGUCUCCGGCCUCUCACGGUAUCGCCCCGAGGGCUGGGGUGUGCCGCCAGAGACCGAGGCAACUCACUUCACCCAUCUUAUUGAGCCAUAUGCAAAGAAGCAUGACAUGAGCUUUGAAGAUUUUGUCCGGGCCUACAAUAACCGCGAAAUCAGCGAACCCGAGCUGGAUGAAUACUUCCUUCACGACCGUGCCGUGCGUGAGUCCGGCCACGACACCAGCUAUCGUUUGGAGCGAGUCUGCGCCAACCUGGCUACGGUUGACCUGAACUCGCUGUUGUAUAAGUACGAGGUGGACAUUGCUCGCAUCAUCCGCAUCUACUUCAAGGAUAAGCUGCAGAUCCCCGUCGAGUUCCGCACUGCUGCGACGAGAAACAUUGAGUCUGAAUCAUCUGCAGUCUGGGACCGCCGGGCCCGCAAGCGCAAGCAGCGAAUGGACCAGUUCCUCUGGGACGCGGAGAAAGGCAUGUACUUUGACUACGACACCGUCAAGAAGGAGCGUACGGGAUACGAAUCUGCUACCACAUUCUGGGCGAUGUGGGCUGGUCUUGCUUCACCUGCACAGGCUGCUCAGAUGGUAGAGAAAGCACUGCCUCGAUUUGAAGCAUUUGGUGGCCUGGUCUCUGGAACAGAAGAGUCUCGCGGCCCGGUAGGCUUGGACCGACCUAACCGACAAUGGGACUACCCUUACGGCUGGGCACCACAGCAGAUGUUGGCCUGGACUGCAUUCAUGCGGUACGGAUAUGAGGAAGAAGCCGAACGACUCGCGUAUAAGUGGUUGUACAUGAUUACAAAGGCGUUCGUCGACUUCAACGGUGUAGUCGUGGAGAAGUAUGAUGUGACACGACCAAUCGAUCCGCACCGAGUCGAUGCCGAGUAUGGAAACCAAGGCACUGAUUUCAAGGGCGCACCACGAGAAGGCUUCGGGUGGGUCAAUGCCAGUUACGUCUAUGGUUUGGAGAUUCUCAAUGGGCACAUGCGACGCUCGCUGGGAACUAUAACGCCUUACGACACAUACCAUAAAGCUAUUAUAUCUCAGAAUGCUAACUGA